AUGGCCACCAAGAGCGUGCUAAGACGAGCUCUACUCUAUGUCCCCGGUUCAUCACAGCGGAUGCUCGAUAAGUCCCGAACACUGUCCGUCGACUGUGUCGCCUACGAUCUCGAAGACAGCGUCACUCCAUCAAAGAAAGCAGAGGCUCGCACGCUGGUCCGCGCAGCUCUCGAUCAGCCGUCGCCAGCAGGCGUCAAAGAGCGAGCUGUCCGCAUCAACUCCGUAGGCAGCGGGCUUGCACUGGCAGACUUGACGGAAGUGCUUAAAUCCCCCAAUCUCUCGACGUUGGUGGUUCCAAAGGUCGAUUCCGCGUCAGACCUCACCUUUAUAUCAGACGUGAUUUCGCAUACGCUCUCGACUUCCACUUCCAGCCGACCGUCAAUAUCAAUACUCGCCCUCAUAGAAAGCGCCAAAUCUCUCAGCAAUUUAUCCCAAAUAUGCACGGCCACACCUCUCCUCUCCGGCCUCAUUUUUGCGGCGGAAGACUUCGCUUUAGAUCUGAGCAUCACGCGGACGCCGUCGUUAAGUGAAUUCCUCUACGCUCGGUCCGCGAUAGUCACGGCCGCAAGGGCAUAUGAGCUGCCGUCUGCUAUCGAUUUGGUUUGCACGUCGUAUAGACAGAGCGAUGGCGGUGCGCCAUCGAUUCUAGAAGAGGAGUGUAGGUCUGGCAAACGGCUGGGGUUCAAUGGUAAGCAGUGCAUUCAUCCUACGCAGGUUGAGGCUGUUCAGGGGAUAUUCAGUCCCGAGGAGGGAGAGGUGGAGUGGGCUGUUAGGGUGGUAGUUGCCGAUCAGAAAGCAGCGGAGGCUGGGAGGGGGGCAUGGACGCUGGACGGCAAGAUGAUUGAUAUUCCUGUUGCGGAGAAGGCGAGGGCGAUUGUAAAGAAAGCAGAGUUAUGUGGAUUUGAUGUCGAUGGGAUGAAGGAUAAGUGGAAGGAUCAGGAGCCACAGUGA